AUGUGUUGCUAAUCAUGCACGUUGCCUUUGUUAACUUUUCCGAUUAAGUAUAUUGUAACGUUUUCUAAUAUUUUAAGUGCUCAUGAUUAUAUCUCUCUGUGGAAAUAACUGCCCGUAGUCACUUUGUAGAAACCGAUGGCACACGUGCUGAUAUAAAAUGUCUUCAUUCCGGAAAUGUUAAAAUCAGUUUUAAAACAUUAUUGGUUUACUGGGGCGGCUACAGUAGCAGUGGUUGCAUCAGCGGCAUAUUUUGUUGCCGCAGGAGAGCCAGAUGAUGGGAAAUCCCAGACAAUUCCGAAGAACAAAUCAAAAAACAAAUUGUCAGGUCUAAUAAAUGAAGGAAAUACCUGCUUUAUCAAUGCCACCUUGCAGGCGUUGGCAUCAUGUCCCAUCUUCUUUAACUGGAUCAAUUCUGUCUUGACAAAAAAGACAUCAGAUGUUACUGAACAUUAUCUCAGAACCACCUGCAGUCUUAACUUGACAAUGGCUGUUAUAAACAAUCAGCACCCAACUAUUGAUGCCCAUCCCUAUAAUACAAGACAGCUCAUUCAGUCAUUGGAGAAACAUGGAUGGAACCUAAAGUCAGAAGAACAAGAUGCACAUGAGUUUUUCAACAUGUUAUCCACUACUAUAGAAGAAGAAAUUAACAAGAACAAUAAAACUACUAAAGGCAUAUCGAUUGAUGAACAAGCAACUACCAGUGUUUGUCAACCAAACUCUUCCUCACCAUUUAGAGGCUAUUUGGCUAGUCAGCUUUGCUGUUUAUCAUGUGGCCACAAAUCUGUCCGUUACGAUGCAUUCGAAUGUUUGUCAAUUCCGUUGCCAAAGUUAGAUAUGCGAAACGCUUUCACAAUGCUUAAUGUGGAAGGUUUGUUAAAACAGUUUCUGGCUGCAGAAACUGUGGGUGAAGUACAAUGUGAUAGCUGUUCGUUGAAGAACGGAAAGAGCGUAUUCCUGAAGCAGCUUAGCCUCGGCAAGCUCCCUCAAUGUCUAUGUCUACACAUUCAGCGUUGCGACUGGACCAUUACAGGCCAAUUGACAAAACGUCAAGAUUUAGUCAAAUUUAAUGAAGAAUUAAAUGUUGGUAAAUUUGUUUACACCAAUCGAAUUUCCGGAAACUUCAAACCCGUUACCUACCGAUUACGGGCCGUUGUGGAACACCUGGGAAUGGCCGAUUCUGGUCAUUUUGUAACCUUUAGGCGUAAUAUCGUCGAUGGCCGCACAAGGUGGUUCUACACCUCCGACACGUUCACAAGGACGGCCACAUUCGAUGAAGUUCUCAAGUCAAGCCCCUAUAUGCUAUUUUAUGAGAGGUGUACAUAGGUAUCGUCUUAAUACAUUAUUUGUAUUGGUAA